AAAGACAUUGAGCAACAGAAGAGCCGGACACAACGUCUGAAAGAUGGAGCUGUGCCGGUACUUUUUCAGUGGAACAACUUUACUCUGCCCCACGGCCUGGAGUUUGGCAAAGGACAGAGCGACCAAACACAGACAUAGACACAAUCCAAACUGAGGACCCCCUAUGGAUGUACAUUACCCAGACCACAACAACUGAGCCUGCUGCACUUGAUCUCGCGCUCUGAGCCGAAAUCGCGAGUCUCCAGAAACAAAUGUAGGAAAUGGCUUUUAGCAACACGUUUGGGCUGGAGCGGUUUGCUGCCUCAGAUGAUGACAUAAGGUUUUACACAAGGUUUGCGAGUCAUUCCCACCUGAUGGCCUUUAGAGCCAGCAACACACAAGAUGGUGCGCAUGACAAGAGUAUGGGCUGCACUUCAGAAUAUUGAGGUCCCUCACCCUGCUGGUGCAACGUCUCUUCAACCCAUUCAUGAGGUUAUCCAGUUCAUGACCUAUUUGUCUUUGGGUCUGAUGCAAAAAGAUUUGAUCCACAGAUUCAAAAUCCACCAGUCAACUGUGAGCGGCAUCAUCAAUACUUGGGCUAACUUUCUGUAUACUGUACUUGGAGCUGUAGGCAUUUGGCUGUCUGAGGAGACAGUGAAGGCUCACCUGCCAGAUGUUGUUCACAACUACUCUGAUACUCAAGUGGUGCUGGACUGCACUGAGCUGCGGUGCCAAACACCAAACUCUCUUCUCCUGCACAGUGAGGUGUUCUCUACCUACAAACCCCACUGCAUAGUCAAAGGGCUGAUUGGUGUGGCCCCUCAUGGUGCAGUAACCUUCGUGUCAUCUCUUUAUGAAGGCUCCAUCAGUGACAAAGACAUCCUGAAGCAGUCUAGCAUUAUCUCUCUCCUCAAACCAACAGCAGCCAUCAUGGUGGACAAGGGUUUCCUUGUGGAUGACUGUGUCCCCUGCAAGGUCCACACACCAGCCUUCCUGUCCAAGAGAGAACAACUGUCUGGGGCAGAGGUCAGAGAGACGCAGUCUAUUGCAAGAUUGAGAGUGCAUGUUGAGCGGCUCAUUCCAAGGGUGAAGGAGCAGAAAAUAUUCCGUGCAGUGAUCCCACUUUCACUCACAGGCAGCAUGGAUCAACUGUAUGCAGUGGCCUGUCUCUUGGUUAACUACCAAAAUGGACCUUUAGUCAAAGCCUGGGCCAGCAAGUGCUAA